AUGGCCUCAAUCAUGCAAAACGCCAACCGCCUGCGCAGAGCCCUUCUCAGCCAUUCCGGCAUCAGCUUCGGCGCAUGGCAGAUGCUACCCGGCGGCAACCUCUCUCGCACCAUAGCGCGAACGGGCUACGAUUGGGUAUGCGUGGACUGUGAGCACGGUAACAUCGCCGACAACCAGAUGCACGAGUCCGUCGCCGCCAUCGCAAGCUGUGGCGUCAGUCCUAUUGUGAGGAUACCAGCCAAUGAGGGGUGGAUGGUGAAGCGCGCACUUGAUUCGGGCGCGCACGGCAUCGUGGUGCCCUUGUUGUAUACGGCUGACGAUGCGAGAAAAUUAGUCCAGAGUGCCAAGUUUCCUCCUGUGGGCCAGAGGGGGUAUGGGAGUCCGUUUUCGAUGGGCGCGUUUGGGGAUCCGUCUGGGUUGGAGUAUUUGCAGCAGGCAAACGAGGCGCUGGUGACGGUUGUGCAGAUUGAGACGAGGGAGGCUUUUGAAGAUGUUGAGGCGAUCGCGAAGGUGGAAGGUAUUGAUGUUCUCCUUGUUGGCCCAUACGAUCUCGGGAACAAUCUCCAUCACCCCAUCACAUCAGGAGAGCCUGAUGUGGAGCUCAAGGCUGCGAUUGAAAAGAUUCGAAAGGCAGCUGUGACCGCGGGGAAGAAAGCAGGCAUAUACUGCAUAUCAGGAGAGCAAGCUAGGAGAUAUGCAGAUCAAGGCUUUCACAUGAUAUCUGUCGUUGCCGAUAUGGUCGCGCUACCCACAUUCAUGGCAGAUUCUCUCGUAAAGGCCAAAGGAUCAUACGGACAUGCAGCAUUGAACAUGGCGAAAGGCGUUGUAUACGGAACUGCCAGCUCUCUAUCGUCCAAGGACAAGGAAGGGAAGAAGUCGUGA